UGCUGGCAGCAGUUUGCUUGCUCUUGGGUGCAGGUGUCUCUGCAACAAAAGUCACCACAUGUGGUGCCCACGUCCAACGCCUCAGCUGUGAUGCUGCCCUUGGUCCAAAUGUAUAAAUACUGAGUCUGUUCCGACCACCACACAGUCUCACAUUCAGCUUCUGUCAUGGCUCACUUUAGCUCCAAUCUCUUGCUGGCAGCAGCAUGUCUUCUGUUUGCAGUUUCAGGUGUAUCUGCAGUGACAGUUACCACCUGUGGUCCCCACGUCCAACGCCUGAGCUGUGAUUCUGGAGUAAUUGAUGUACAGUUAGUACUGUACGGGCGUAACGACCACGAGACCUGCGCUACAGGGAAAGCUGCAGAGGAGGUCGCCACUACUGACUGUUCUCUGGCGGAUGCUCAAUUUAUUGUCAGGACAAGGUGUAAUGGCAAGACAGAGUGUGAACUCAACCACAGUAUCUUUGCAACUGACCCCUGUCCCAACAUUUUCAAGUACCUGAAGACCACUUACACUUGUAUCCCAGCAAAGCGCCUCGUCGUAUGUGAACAGUCUUUUGCACACCUGGAGUGUGAUGAGAACCAGGUCAUUUCUGUCAUCGGUGCUGACUUUGGGCGUCGUGAUGGCACCACAUGCUCUUUCAGACGACUCUCCUCAAAGCUUGAAAACACCCAGUGCAUAAGUCCUACCAACAAAGUUGCUGAAAAAUGCAACGGUAAAAACAGCUGUUCUAUCAGAGCAGCCAGCUCAGUGUUUGGUGAUCCCUGUCUCGAAACUUACAAGUACCUGGAGGUGGCAUAUACAUGUCAAGGUAAGUGGGUACUCUAGAUGUGACCAGGAAAAUAUAAUAAAGAA